ACAGACAACACAAGAGCCUUCUUAUGAAAACUAAUAUGUUUAACGAUUUGAUGCUGAAAAUCUGGUUAGCCAUCCACUCAUUGUUAUUGGUGAAAAAGGCAACGAUGGAUAUUCAAGUGACUGAGACAUGCCCCUUUUCCGUAUACCCGGUUUUCAAAGUGGAUGUUCGCGGAAGAAUUAUUAAAAGGCAAAUUUCGGACCGUUCCAGCAACAUAAGGAAACGAAGCCUCGAUGACUCCAUAAAGCCACCCAAAAUAAUUUGCGUGAACGAGAGAUUGGUAGCUAUAGUAGAAACCCCCAAAAACAGGCGUUGUAGGGUUAGAUGCAACGAUUGUACAUUUGACUCCGGACCAAAUUUGCCGCUCGGUUCGCCUAUAAGUUGCCAUAUAGGAAUAAAUCAAUGUGGAACAAUAUUCAACAAUGGAUUUUAUGAGAAUGAUGCGGAUCUUGAAGUUAUGGAAGGAGACCAAGUUAUCAAUACAGCUACAUUUAAAAUUAGUUGUCCGAGGUCUAAAAUAUAUACUAUGCCUAAAGUUCCAAUCGAAGUAGUACGCCCACCCGAACCCAUGGAAAUUAACGCUUACAAUGCCGGUAAAGGGAGUAUGGAUAUAGUGCUCAAAUUUCAAAAAGUUUUUACAGAUAAGGUACAUUUCGGGAGAAAUAGUAAAGAUAUACGUUGCCAGAGAAAUAUCUUACCCAAUAGUGGAAUGGUAGUUAUAGACAAUAUCCCUGAGUCCUGCGGUUUUAGAAAGAAUGGUAAAACCAUGCGUUGUGAUAUGUUCCUGGGUAAUCCAAAAAAGAAAAGUACGCCGUGUUACGUUUUAGAGUGUCCACAAUAGAAGAUUUAAAUGCC